AUGAAUCGACAAGGACAACCCCAAAGGCCACCGAAUCUAACACCCAAUCCUGCUCUUGCAACUCAAUUUCGGUCACCUUAUCCCUAUGGAAUGCCACCUCGAAACGUCCUUCAAGCAGGAGGAUACGUGCCAGGAAUGCAGCCUAAUAACCACCGAACACCCGCGCAACAAUCACAAACCCAGAACAUGGUUCCUCAGCCAACUCCAACGUUCAUACAACAGAGAGGGCAGAAUAACUUUGGAUUCGGAGGGAUGGGACAACAUCAAUCGAACAACGCCCUACAACAGCAGCAACAACAACAGCAACAGCAAGUGAAUGGAGCAUCAAGCUCACUUCCUCCGCAUCUCACACAGACACCAAAUCUCUCAAAUUCGCAACCAGUAUCGGCAACGAGCGAAGUUGGGUUCGAUCCGAAUGACUUUCCGGCUUUGGGGUCGACUUCGACAAAUGCCAAUAAUGCUAGCGGGAAUAAUAAUGGGAGCGGGGGUAGCAGUGUGACGACGAGCUAUGCAAGUCAGGCUGGAACUGGAGUUGGAAUGGGCGGUGGUGUAGCAGUUGGGGGGGCAGGGGGUGGCAGCGGCAAUCAGCCAAGAGAUUUCACUCCAGAUGAUUUUCCGGCCCUUGGUGGACAGCCCCACUCGCCAGCACAAACUCAAAAUCAGGACACAGGACAUUCACAUCCGCCGGGCCUUAACGGAUUCCAACAUCCAGAACAUUCCCGGCAAAAUUUGUUGGGCACGCUGAAUGGUGGUGGAGGAUUAGCCACACCGGGCAUGUUACACUUAGGACCUUCACAGGCGAGAAAUAUCCAUCCAGGAUUCCAGCAGGCACAUACAGAUGCCGAGAAGCAGCAGCAGCAGCGGAACAAUUACAACUUGAAACUAAACCAGGCCUCUCACGCAGCAUGGACAUCGCCGAACAUCAGUCAACAACAACCCCUAGGAACAGGUUUCUCAAACGCACCUCCCACACCCUCUGUACCUCAACAAAAUGGCUCACAUCCAGUGCAGAAUCCCAUAUCCACCCCACACUCGAGUGCACCACCAGGUGUACCUCCUCCUAACGGGUCCUCAACAGCACCUUUAACACCUGGAUUCCAAUCAAACGGGCUGGAAUCGAGUCCGGUCAACCCCAAUGGAAACACAAACAAUCCGAAUCCAACACCGAAUCCCAACACUUCCAGUAAUAACCCAAAUCCUCCUCCGCAACCGAACUCAACGCAGGACGCCAAUUCAAUGCCGAACUCAACGGCGCACGUACAUCAGCAUCCUCAAACGCCGGCUCAACAGAUACUAAUGAGUGCCGCAGACAGAUGGGGGCUUCUCGGGCUGUUAGCGCUGAUCAAGAAUGCAGGAUCAGAGGUGGACCAAGGACUGAGUAGUAUUGGCCAGGACUUAGGGACGAUGGGAUUAGAUAUGGGGUAUGCUGGGAACCUAUAUUCGACAUUCAUAACACCAUGGGCAGAUCAAUCGGCAGCACAUACGGUUGAACCUGAUUAUCACAUACCAACAUGUUACAACGUCCAACCACCACCACCAGGACCAAGUAAAGCCACCGCAUUCAGUGACGAGACGUUAUUCUUUAUGUUCUAUUCAUCACCGCGCGAUGCCCUUCAGGAAGUGGCAGCGCAAGAACUAUGGAACCGCAAUUGGCGAUUCCACAAAGAGCUCCGGAUAUGGAUAACAAAAGAAAGCGGCGCACCUGCAUCUCAGAAGAUACCGAUGGGCGAAACUGGGCAAUACACCUUUUGGGAUCCGGAGAACUGGAUGAAGGAACGGAAGGAUAUGACGGUGCUGUAUAGCGACCUGGAGGAAAAGACUGUUCCUGUAUUCAUGCCUGGUCCGGGUUUAGUUCCUGCUGCAGGAGCACAGCAGCAAGGACAAGUUGUAGGUGCCGCACAACAAGUGCAGCCCACCGUAGGAGGUCAACGAGGGUCGUUUCAAAUGGGUGUAGCGGUAUGA